UUUUCAUUUCAAAGCCAACUAACACCCUUUCCUUUCUCUUUCUCUGUCAGAAGACUAAAAAACACCUCUGUUGUUGCGUUGUCUGUUUUUUCUCUCCAAACCAGAGAGCGACGCCGGCGAGCCUUCCUCGCCGGUAAUUCGCUCGGAGUUUUCCGCAACCUCCAUUUCCCCGGUCGCACCUUCGAAUUGGGGUUAAUUUUUUUGCGGCUCCAUUUGAAGGAGCCAUUUCUGCAUAAUUAUUCGUGGUUUUUCUUUUUCUCAGCGUCUUAGAUUGCAAUGCAGAGGAAAGGAGGUUCCUGUUGCGGGGGGGAGCGUGGGAUCUCUUGUUUCUGAAAUUCCUGUGCUCUGGCGCGUUUGAGAGAUUCGGUUUUUUGUCUGUUUCUCUUUGUUCUGGAUGAGGAGUGUGGGGAAUUUUGUGGAGCAGGGGAUUUUGGAGUUUCUCUGCUAGCGAGGCUGGGUUCCAAUCCAGAAGGUGCAAAUCUGUUUUGUUAAAAAUAUCAUGGGAAUGACCUUGAACUUCACGCAGGAUGACCUGGGAUAGAGCCUAACAAAGCUAGCAAGGGAGGAGGCUUUCAGUAUUUUCUGGACAGCUACAGGAUGCCUUCUGAAAUAAUGGAGAAGAGGGGUGUGUCUGCCUCAUCCCACUUUUUGGAUGACAUUUCCUAUGCUUCUGAGAAGAGUAUUGGAUUACGGAAGCCAAAAUCUAUUCAUGACCAUUUUCUACAGGGCAAGAGUGAAAUGGCGGCAUCACCUGGCUCUAUUUUGAAUACUUCAUCACCCCGUUCAACAAAUGCAAAAUCUGGCUUGCCAAUCUCUCAUACUACUCUAUCUGGGGAAAUUACAGGAGACCUACAUUUUGGCAGAGAAGCAGGCACUAUAGAGAUGCUGAAGGAUUCCACGGAGUCCCUUAAUUAUACUAAGAGGUCAUGGUCUAAUGUGCAUAGGCAGCCAGCAUCUAGCUCAUAUGGUCUAAUUGGCAGCAAGCUUGUCACCAAUGCUACCUCACGUGAAAGUAGUCUAUUUUCAAGCUCUCUGUCUGAGGUGUUUAACCAAAAGAUGAGGUUAUUGGGGAAUGGAGUGCCAUCUGGUCAACCCAUUACUGUGGGUUCCCUUCCUAGGGAAGAACCACAUAAAUCUCUAGGAGAAAUUGAGGCUGACACUAUUGGAAAUCUCCUUCCAGAUGAAGAUGACCUUUUUUCUGGAGUCACUAACGAGUUAGGAUGCAGUACUCGGGCUAGAAUGAAUGAUGAUUUUGAAGAUUUUGAUUUGUUCAGCAGCAGUGGAGGCAUGGAAUUGGAAGGAGAUGAUGAACUUCUAAUUUCUGGAAAGGGAACCAGUUUCAUUUAUGAAGAUCCUGAUUACUUUGGAGCCUCUAAAGGAAAAAUUCCUUUUGGUGAACAAUCUUCUAGAACACUUUUUGUUAGAAACAUCAAUAGCAAUGUUGAAGAUUCUGAACUUAAGGCUCUCUUUGAGCAAUAUGGAGACAUUCGAACCAUAUACACUGCCUGCAAGCAUCGUGGGUUUGUUAUGAUUUCAUAUUAUGAUCUAAGGGCAGCACAAAAUGCAAUGAAGGCACUUCAAAAUAGGUCAUUGAGAUUUAGGAAACUAGAUAUACAUUACUCAAUUCCAAAGGGCAAUGCUCCAGAGAAAGAUAUUGGCCAUGGUACACUUAUGAUAUCUGAUCUUGAUUCAUCUGUUUUGAAUGAUGAACUUAAACAAAUAUUUGGGUUUUAUGGAGAAAUUAGAGAUAUCUAUGAAUAUCCUCAAUUGAAUCAUGUCAAAUUUAUGGAAUUUUAUGAUGUUCGAGCUGCAGAAGCUUCUCUUCGUGCAUUGAAUGGGAUCUGCUUUGCUGGGAAGCACAUUAAGCUUGAGCCUGGCCAUCCCAUGAUUGCAACAUGUAUGAUGCAGCAGUCUCAGAAGGGACAAGAUGAACCUGAUCUUGGUCAUAGUCUCAGUGACAACAUUUCCUUAAGACAUAAGGCAGGAGUGUCAUCUGGAUUUAUUGCAUCUGCUGGCAGCUUGGAAAAUGGAUAUAAUCAAGGAUUUCAUUCUGCAGCACAGCUACCUGCUUUCAUUGAUAACUCACUAUUUAAUAUGAAUUCUAACAUUCACAAGACCGCAAGAGGGGCAUCUACUGGAAAAGUAUCUGGUAUUUUUGAGGCCAGUAACACUAUUGAUGCUAUGAAAUUUGCAUCUGUUUCGAGGUUCCACCCUCAUUCUUUACCUGAAUAUCGCGAUAGUUUAGCUAAUGGCAGUCCUUACAACUAUUCAAGUACCAUUAACAUGGCUGCCAAUAUUGGAAAUGGAUCAACGGAAUCAUCUGAGAGCAGGAAAAUUCAGGGAAUAAACUCAACUGGGAACCUAGCAGAGUUUAAUGCAGGAGGAAAUGGAAACUGCUCCAAUCAUGGACUUUAUCAUAUGUGGAAUGGCUCCAACUUGCAUCAACAACCUCCUUCAAAUGCCAUGCUUUGGCAGAAAACACCAUCCUUUGUUAAUGGUGCCGGUUCUCCAUGUCUUCCACAGAUACCCAGCUUUCCUAGAACACCUCCCCAUGUGCUGAGAGCAUCACAUAUAGAUCAUCAAGUGGGAUCAGCACCCGUUGUUACAGCCUCACCCUGGGAAAGACAACAUUCUUACUUGGGAGAGUCACCUGAUGGUUCUGGUUUUAGAUUGGGUUCUGUGGGAAGUCCCGGCUUUCAUGGUAGCUGGCAGAUGCAUCCUCCUGCUUCACACAACAUAUUUUCUCAUGUUAGUGGGAAUGGUACAGAAUUGACAUCAAAUAAUGGGCAGGGCUCUCCUAAGCAGUUAUCACAUGUUUUACCUGGGAGACUUCCCAUGAAUUUGGUUUCUAAAUUUGAUUCUAGCAAUGAACGCAUGAGAAACCUCUAUCCUCGAAGAAAUGAACCAAACACUAACAACAAUGCAGAUAAGAAACAAUAUGAACUUGACCUAGGUCGCAUAUUGCGUGGGGAUGACAGCCGAACAACGCUCAUGAUAAAGAAUAUUCCCAACAAGUAUACUUCGAAGAUGCUUCUUGCUGCCAUUGAUGAACAAUGUCGAGGAACAUAUGAUUUUUUGUAUUUGCCAAUUGAUUUCAAGAACAAAUGUAAUGUUGGCUAUGCAUUCAUCAAUAUGAUUGAUCCUGGUCAAAUUAUUCCAUUCCACAAGGCCUUUAAUGGGAAAAAAUGGGAGAAGUUCAACAGUGAAAAGGUAGCAGUACUCGCAUAUGCCCGAAUUCAAGGAAAAGCUGCUCUCAUUGCUCAUUUUCAGAAUUCAAGCCUGAUGAAUGAAGAUAAACGUUGCCGCCCUAUUCUUUUCCAUACAGAUGGCCCAAAUGCUGGCGAUCCGGAGCCUUUCCCAUUGGGUAACAAUAUUAGAGUGAGGCCUGGGAAAUCUCGCGCAAAUGGUAGUGAGGAGAAUCGAAGCCAAGGGAAUCCUUCAUCUUUUGCAAGUGGUGAAGAGUCUGGGAAUGGAAUGGAAUCAUCUUCGAUCUCUUCAAAAAACUCUGACUGAUUUUCCUCAUGCACUAACAGUUCAAUGUUGCCUGUCAUGUCAACUCCAAGACUGUAUAUUUACAUUUUUCUUUUUGUUCGAUUGGGCGAGGAGUUGGAGCUGGUCGGAAAGGGAGGGGGCUCACAAUUUUUUCCUAUAGAGGAGCCUUGCAAAGAGUUUUUGGAUGAUGAGGUACAUAACCAGAAUGAAGCCACUGGUUCUAGUGUUUUCGUUAUUUUCCUAAAAUUUUGCAUGGAGUACUGCUACCAUCUCACAAGUUUCGAGAAUGGCUAAACUGAAGCUUAAAAUUUUGGCUGGCUGUGAAUGGACAAUAUGACAAUUUGCAGUUCCCUUGAGAUAAUAAGCAUCAUUGCGGGUUUCUUGGGUACUUGCUGGUUUUGUUUUCACUGUUUAAUGUUCAUAUGUAAUUUUGUUUCCCUAUAUUCCCAGGCAUUCGUGUCCUUAUGGGAUUUCUGUCCAUAUGAUCAUAUGAUGGAGUUGAGGGAACACAUUUAAAUGCGAACAUUCUUCGAUGGUAGUCGUUCGGAUAUUGCUGUUUCGGUUCUUA